GUUGGAAGUAAUUCAGGCAUUGAUAAAUAUCUAAGUUGAUAUAAUUAUUAUCAUAACUCUAUUCUCAUGCCAUACUCCAAGGAUUAUAUUCAAGACAAACUAACCAAAGAACUUGAUCUAGAACAUAUUGAAGUUGUAGAUCAGUCUGAUGGUUGUGGUAAUAAAUUUGCAGUUUUGAUUGUAUCGAAAGAAUUCGAAGGCAAAACUCUAUUGCAACGGCACAGGUUAGUUAAUUCAAUCUUAAAAGAAGAAUUAAAAGAAAUCCAUGCAUUUUCGCAAUCAACAUUGACACCAGAACAAUGGAAAGUUGAAUCUGAACAUAAAAAUAAAGCAACUCAGUGAAUAACUGAUGUAAAAAAAAAAUAA